CAUCAUAUUUUCGUUCACGUAGUUUCUUUCUGAAUUCGGAAGAAUCCAGACCUGAGUUCACCAGACCAUUAUUUCCUAAUUGCAAACAUGCCUUUUCCAAGCUCCUUUUUCCUUGUGCUUGACAGCCGUCAGGCUGCUGUAGCAGUGGCAUUCAUGAAACUCUUCAUUCAUGUGCCAUUAGCUUUUCUGGUGCGAUUCAUUUUCUCCUUGACUGCCAAGAUGCCAAGAAUUCGUGAUCUUGAUGAAACUAAGCUUCACAUGCUGGUGAGAAUCUUGCAUUUCUUGAACUGGACAUUCGCUGCAGAAAUUUCCAUCAUCAUGCUAACUCUGCUGAUGCUGUAUGGUACAAUCAAGCGAAUUUGGUGGUUCUCAAUCCCUUGGCUCAUUCUGUGCCCAAUUGAGCUCAUUUUCAAGUUCCUGCUGUAUGCUGAUUUGGUGGAUUCUUUGAAUGAAACCUUCAAGGCUUAUACUAAUUGGGCAGCCCUCCUGUUCUGCACCUUAGCCUUUGUUCUGAUGAUAGGAAUUCAGAUGUACGAGUUUCUUGCCGUCUUCUGCAGCAUGAGAGAAAUUGCAAUGGAGAACAGAAGCACACGUAACAGGGGCAUCAGUACCGUACUUUAGUUUGACUCCAACCCUGCAGAUUCAGUGUAGUAACUUUUUGAUAUUAGUAGUAUUUAGUUCAGUUUUGACUCCUACAGUCCAACUUUUUUUGUAGAGAAAUAUUUUUUGAUGUUCAGUUUGACGACACUUCAAUCCUGAUGGUUCAGUAGAGAAAUUUUUGAUUUAUUGUAAUUCUGUUUGACUCAAAACCACGACGCUGCAGGUUCAGUUCAGAAAUAUUUAGAUGUAAAAGGUCCAUUUUUGAAGCCAUUUAAGAUUCAAAUGAU